GAAAGGGGUGGGUUUGCGAAGGCGCCUCGGUGGUGGCGGGGGCGGCCUGCGAAGGUAUCAUGGCUGCAGCCACCGAGCUUAGUCGCCCGGGCAUCGGUGACAGGAGCCUGGAAAUGAGCGGCAGCCCUAGCCCCUCCCAAGAGGUGCUCUGUGAAGUCUUUCGUUCCUGGCAGACCUUGGCGGGACAACUUAACCUCAGAGAUGAUGUGGUGAAAAUUACAAUCGAUUGGAACAAGCUCCAGAGUCUCUCGGCAUUGCAGCCUGCUUUGCUCUUUAGUGCACUUGAACAACACGUUUUGUAUUUACAGCCCUUUUUAGCAAAACUUCAGCCUCUGAUUAAAGAGGAGGAUAUAACUGUUGUUGAAGAGAAAGGAAAAGCAGAAACAGGGAACAAGGAUGAAGUCAAUGCCAGAUUUCCCGUUGAUGGCCUCCAAGAGGAAGAAAAGCACAAAGAUUGUGAUUUAGGAGAUGUGAAAAAAAUGCAGAUUCAUUUUGAUCCAGAAGUAGUCCAAAUAAAGGCUGGAAAAGCAGAAAUUGACAGACGAAUAUCUGCAUUUAUUGAAAGAAAACAAGCUGAAAUCAAUGAAAAUAACGUCAGGGAAUUUUGCAAUGUUAUUGAUUGUAACCAAGAAAAUAGCUGUGCAAGGACUGAUGCUGUUUUUACCCCUUACCCUGGAUUUAAAAGUCAUGUGAAAGUUUCUAGAGUUGUGAAUACAUAUGGACCCCAGACUAGACCUGAGGGAACUCAAGGGCCAGGUCACAAACCUAACAGCCUGCUCCGUGAUUGUGGUAAUCAGGCGGUGGAAGAACGGCUACAGAACAUUGAAGCUCACUUGCGGUUGCAGACAGGUGGUCCAGUGCCAAGGGACAUUUACCAGAGAAUUAAAAAGCUUGAGGAUAAAAUCCUUGAAUUGGAAGGUAUCUCUCCUGAAUAUUUCCAGUCUGUGAACUUUUCUGGAAAAAGAAGAAAAGUUCAGCCACCCCAACAGAACUAUUCACUGGCUGAACUUGAUGAGAAAAUUAGUGCCCUCAAACAAGCCCUGCUCAGAAAAUCAAGAGAAACAGAAUCCAUGGCAACUCACCACCUUCCAUGAGAAGCGACUCCACCUGUCACAUUCUUUGCUUAUGUGUGUAGCACACGUAGUGCGGGUCAGUGAAUGGCUGCGCAGAUCUUUACUCGUGUAGGCAUUUUGUUCUGAAGUCAAGAGUCAUUUUCAUGUGAGUUCAGCGGUACUCUUCAUGUAUGCCAGUGCAUUUUGAACUAAUGCAUUUUUAAAACCGCAUUUUUAAAACUUAUUCCCUUCUGUUUUAAAGGAGGUAUUUUGGAAAUUGAAAAAUGUGGUAUGAAAGUUUGUCUUUUUUGUGAAAGUUCAAAAGUUCAUCCUUCUCCAGGAAAAAAAAAAUACUCAUUUUCAAUAAUGAAAUUCAGAAGAUCUCUGUAGUAUCAGUGUUAGUUUAUUAGUGUAAGUCAGUACCUUGUACAUAAUAAGUAUUCAGUGGAAAUUUAACUGAAAUAAAUUUUAAAUGACCACAUACACUUUUUUUUAAAUGUCAAUAACAGUAGAUUCCGCCUUUGUCUCUUUGUUGGCUGUGUGACCUUGAGUAAUGAACUUGAGCUCUCUCUGUGGAAUUAAUAUCAUUAUUUGUAAAAUGAGAAUCACAAUAGUAGAACCUAUCAUUGUGAAAAAAUAGUUACCAUCAUGCUUGCAUAGUGUUUGAAAUAAUGACCCAAAUUUAGUGCUCAGUAAAUACUAGUAAUGGUUACAUAGAAUGCAUCUGUUUUGGGAAAAUAGUAAAGAUUUUACAAAUUAUACUCCUUUCUCUUGAGA